AUGGUGAGCCGAAUGGGUUGGGGGGGGAGCAGGAGGCAGCGGGGGCGGUGGGGAGACUUGGGGCCCAGCUCAGUGCCUCUGCUCCCUAUGGCACUACCACUGCCUGCUUCUCCAUGUCGGGGACUCGGGGGAGGGAGGAUCUCUGUCUUCUCUCUUUCCCCUGCCCCUCGUACAAGAAGCUACUCCUCUUCAGUGUUCCUCCCUGUCUCUGGGUCCCCCUGCUUGGCCAUUCAGGAGGCAGGGGCUUCUCAGCCUCCACCCAGUGCCUUACCCACCCCAGCCACACCCCCAACACAGGCCUGUCCCACAGCGACAACUACCUCUGCUUCUCCUUCAUGGGGGUCCCACUCCACCCCUCCCCUGGCCUUGGUCACUCCCCCUCCCUCCUGCCGGUGCCCCCAGGACCAUCCUGGGCUGCGGAUAGGCCCUCUGAUCCCUGAGCAGGAUUAUGAACGGCUAGAGGAUUGUGACCCUGAGGGGUCCCAAGACUCGCCCCUCCAUGGGGAGGACCAUCAACCCUUGCUUCACGUGCCUGAAGGACUUCGUGGCUCCUGGCAUCACAUCCAGAAUCUGGACACUUUCUUCACCAAGAUCUACAGCUACCACCAGCGGAAUGGUUUUGCCUGCAUCCUACUGGAGGAUGUAUUCCAGCUGGGACAGUUUGUUUUCAUCGUCACCUUCACAACUUUCCUCCUUCGCUGUGUGGAUUAUAAUGUUCUCUUCAACAACCAACCAAAGAACCACACAAGACCAGGGCCAUUCCACAGCAAAGUGACCUUGUCGGAUGCCAUUCUACCCUCAGCCCAGUGUGCAGAGAAGAUCCGCGACAGUCCCCUGUUGGUCUUCCUCCUAGUCUUGGCUGCUGGCUUCUGGCUGUUCCAGCUGCUACGCUCAGUUUGCAACCUCUUCAGCUACUGGGACAUCCAGGUGUUUUACAGGGAGGCCCUGCACAUUCCCCCAGAGGAACUCAGCUCUGUACCCUGGGCCGAGGUGCAGUCCCGCCUCCUGGAGCUGCAGAGGAGCGGUGGGCUGUGUGUGCAGCCACGGCCACUGACGGAACUGGACGUCCACCACCGCAUUCUGCGCUACACCAACUACCAGGUGGCGCUGGCCAACAAGGGCUUGCUGCCCGCCCGCUGCCCGCUGCCCUGGGGGGGCAGUGCAGCCUUCCUCAGUCGCGGCCUGGCCCUCAACGUGGACUUGCUGCUCUUCCGCGGUCCCUUCUCGCUCUUCCGCGGGGGCUGGGAGCUUCCCGAAGCCUACAAGCGCAGCGACCUCCGGGGCGUCCUGGCCACACGCUGGCGGCGCACUGUGCUGCUGCUGGCCGCCGUGAACUUGGCGCUGAGCCCGCUGGUGCUGGCCUGGCAGGUGCUGCACGCCUUCUACAGCCACGUGGAGCUGCUGCGCCGUGAGCCUGGCGCCUUCGGGGCGCGCCGCUGGUCCCGCCUGGCCCGCCUGCAGCUGCGCCACUUCAACGAGCUGCCGCACGAGUUGCAUUCGCGCCUAGCCCGCGCCUACCGGCCUGCAGCCGCCUUCCUGCGUGCAGCCGAGCCCCCCGCGCCCCUGCGCGCGCUGCUGGCCCGCCAGCUGGUCUUCUUCUCCGGAGCGCUCUUUGCCGCGCUGCUGGUGCUCACCAUCUACGAUGAGGACGUGCUGGCCGUGGAGCAUGUGCUCACUACCAUGACGGCGCUCGGGGUCACAGCCACCGUGGCCAGGUCCUUCAUUCCAGAGGAGCAAUGCCAGGGGCGUUCGCCCCAGCUCCUGCUGCAGGCGGCCCUGGCACACAUGCAUUACCUCCCGGAGGAGCCUGGCGCCGCAGGUGCUCGGGCCAGCCCUUACUGGCAGAUGGCGCAGCUGCUUCAGUACCGAGCAGUCUCCCUCCUGGAAGAGCUGCUGUCUCCACUCCUCACCCCGCUGUUUUUGCUCUUCUGGUUCCGCCCCCGUGCUCUGGAGAUUAUUGAUUUUUUCCAUCACUUCACGGUGGAUGUGGCUGGUGUUGGGGACAUCUGCUCUUUUGCUUUAAUGGAUGUGAAGCGUCACGGGCAUCCUCAGUGGCUCUCAGGGGGACAGACGGAGGCCUCACUCUCUCAGCGUGCAGAGGAUGGAAAGACUGAGCUCUCCUUAAUGCGAUUCUCCUUGGCACAUCCACAAUGGCAGCCACCGGGGCACAGCUCUAAGUUCCUUGGACACCUUCGGGGCCGGGUACAGCAAGAUGCAGCUGCCUGGGGUGCUCCCUCAACACGCAGCCCCCCCACCCCAGGGGUGCUCAGUAACUGUACUUCCCCUCUGCCAGAAGCCUUCCUGGCCAACCUCUUGGUGAAUCCUUGCCCACCGCCGAGGGACUUGAGUCCCACAGCUCCGUGCCCUGCUGCCGCCACAGCCAGCCUCCUUGCCUCUAUUUCAAGAAUGGUCCAGGACCCUAGCUGUGUGUCUCCAGGAGGCACCGGAGGCCAGAAGCUGACCCAGCCACCAGAGCUUGUUUCCGCUGAGAUGAGCCUCCAUGCCCUUUACUUACAUCAGCUUCAUCAACAGCAGCAGCAGGAACUAUGGGGAGAGGCUUCAGCCUCCUCCCCAUCCAGGCCCUGGUCCAGCCCUUCGCAGCCAGGCUCACCCGACGACGAGGAGAAGCCAUCAUGGUCAAGUGAUGGCUCCAGUCCUGCUUCCAGCCCGAGACAACAGUGGGCCACCCAGAGGGCCCAGAAUCUAUUCCCAAGGGGUUUUCAGGAGACCUCAGACACUCAGAAGGAGCCCCUACCAGGCUCCUUGCACUGACUGAGGAUUAUCUCAGGUCAGUAUUACCCACACAGGGGUCAAGCAA